GUUCUACUUGGGGGUUGUUAGUGGAGCUACGGAGGCAUUACUAAGUGGUGUACCAUCAUUAUCAAUAUCAUUAGAUUGGUUUUGAUUCGAUUGUGUUUUAAAUGGAUUUAACGUCCACUUCAUCUGGAAUUGGUGAUAUUCAUUCGACUGAAGCAUCUGGAAGUGAACCAUUGACUUCAUCUGAUAGUUCUCAAUGUUGCCACCCUAACAUUAAGAAAUCAUGGGACACUUUAGUAUUUCAUUCUAUUAAAGAGGUUGAAGAUUUCUAUGGUCAGUAUGCAUAUAAAACUGGAUUUUCAAUCAGGAGUAUGUUGAAGUCGAAGAAUAAUUCAAAGAAUAAGAAGUCGGAUAAGAUACAUUACAUACGUUAUGUUUGUGACAAAGAAGGUUUUAAGAAAGGAAGUUUGCUUAAUCCGAACAACAAGCCAAGAUCAGACAGUCCGGUUGUUAUUGAAUUUGAAAAAGUGAAAGAGAGACCGGAGGAAAGGAUUGGUUGUAAAGCUGGAAUAUAUCUGAUGUUGGAUGAAGCAUUGAAUGUUUAUAAGAUAUAUAGAUGGGAAGGGAAUCACUGUCAUCCACUACAUAGAGAACAGCAUCACCGUUACCUCAGAUCAUUCCGAGAAGUAAAUGAAGUUCAAGGACAACUUGCUUUAAUUAAUUCUAAAGCUGGAAUGUCAAUGAGGACGUCAUGGGUCAAGGAGUUGGAGGCACGGAGAAUCUCCCAUUUCGGUUUUCGGACUUAAAGAAUUAGUUGAUGACAAUUUGUUCAAAGGAGAUGAUGAGGGUUAAAGCAACUGUAAUUCAAGAGUUUUUUAGGAAUGAAGCUAUGUCGAAACCAUCUUUUUAUUAUGAUAUGCAAGUUUAUGCUGCAGAAGACAUAGCUAGCAUUUUUUGGGCAGAUGGAAUUAUGCAACUGGAUUAUUCUUUAUUUGGCGAUGUCAUCAGUUUCGAUACGUACCGAACAAACAAUCAAUAUCGUCCAUUAGCUGCCUUUCUUGGUUUUGACAAUCAUCGCAAGAGUGUCUUAUUUGGUGCUGCCUUACUGUAUGAUGAGACAGCUGCUACUUUUGAUUGGUUGUUUACAACAUUCUUGAAGCGCAUGUCUAAUAAGAAACCACAGACGAUAUAUACAGACCAGGCUACUGCGUUGUUGAAGUCAGUUCCGAAUAUUUUUCAAGGUGUUUUCCAUGGUCUUUGUUCGUGGCACAUAUCAGAGAAUGCAAAGAAAAAUCUCGGCACUCGUGCGAACAGUUCCUUUUUUGAUGAGUUAACUAAUUUGAUUUCAAAUGUAGAAGAUGAAUAAGAUUUCGACUACAAUUGGGAUCAGAUGAUGAAAAAUUGUUUUGAUGGAAGGCCUAUUUCAGACUGGACAUGGCUUGUCCAGACUCAUAGGAAUCAUAUGCACUGGUCUUCAGCUUGGGUCAAGUCACAUUUUACAGCUGGUCUGAAGACGACUCAGUUAAGUGAGUCUUUCAAUGCUUUUCUUCGUGGAUUUUUGAGUCCAGACCAUUCACUUGUUCAAUUCUUUAGUCAUUUCAACAUUAUGGUUCAGAGAAUGAGGGAUAAUCAUGCUGAUUUGAACUUCAAGGCUGCUAACACUAGAACAAAAAAUAAUUACCCCAACAGUCAACUGAUGCGGUCCGUUGUAAAGAAGUACACACCAGCUUCUUUUGCAUUUAUCCACAGGCAGUAUGACCUUUCCUUCAAAUAUUAUUAUCAGGAGGACACAUCAAAAGGGUCUGAGUUAAAUAAGUUUUUCAAAGUGUUCACAAUUGAAAAGGUUGAUGAUCCUGAUGAAGUAGAUGAUCAUAAUGAUGAUGCUGAUAAUGAUAAUGGUGGGGCUUCAAAUUCUGAUGAAUUUCAUGAAAUUAUGUCCCCGAGUUAUGAAGAUCUUGAUCGACUUGAUGAGAGGGUUGUCACAGUUGACAUUAGGAGCAAAAGUUUUAGUUGCACAUGUCGUAUGUUUGAGAACAGGGGAUUCUUAUGUCGACAUGUUUUCAAAAUCUUGGAGUUCUUGGGUGGUUCUGUGCAAUAUCAUUGUUUGAAGACAAUACUUGCACAAUAUGUUUUGAAGCGUUGGACUAGAGAUGUGCGUCCGUCUGUCGAUAAACUGAAAUCUUCCAUCAGUGUUGGCACUGAAGACACCACCUAAGCACAACGAUAUCAACAAAUUUGUGCUGUUACAGUUCAGCUUUCUACGCGUGUUUGUGCAGAUCCAGAGGCUUCUCAAAUUUUUCUUGAUGGUGUUCUUGAAGCUGGGAAAAAGGCAGAGGAGUUACUUUUUUCUAAAGGUAUUGGUACAAACCCGUCGUUAGUGACGCCGUCUAAGUCUUCAAAAGCAAUUGUUGUUGUUGGUGAACCAUCUUCCGGUAAGUCCACUGCACCAAAGUUCAAAGAAAGACCAAAUCCAAUUAAGUCAAAGAAGCGACUUAAAAGUGAUUAUGAAAAAGCUAGAGAAAGGUAGAAAUUCAUUAUAGAACGGAAGAAACAAAAGAGAGAAGAUGAGGAGGCUUUAAAGAAAAAAAGUGCAGCAGGAGAAAUGCAAGAGCAGCAGUAAUGUUCCUGACUUCCAAGGUUCUAAGAAUUUCAUAAGGGUUGCAAGCAGAGGUUGAUGCCAUCGUCUCAUUCCCUUUUGUGGACCAAAGAUUGUUUUCACUCUACAAAUGUCAAGAUUAAGCUUGCAUUUGUAUAUCUAUUUGAGCUUUAAAAUCAAACUUGUAAAGGAUGUGAGACAUAGUUGUGUAUUUUUGGAUACAACCAAACAUGGUUUAUUAAUAAUUCAUUAUCUUUAAAUGGUAAAUUGAUAAUAUAAUAACAUUUUUAUAUUUGGUCCA